CUGGAGAAACUGAAAGCACCUCUCUCAGUCAGCUGUAUCAAACUACUACAAUAACCUUGGUGUCAGGACGGCUUUCUUGUACGGAGUACCACCGAGAGCAGAGCCUGGCCCGUGUGGGAUUUAAUCCAAGCCAAAGAAGAAGGGACGGAAGUGAACAGCACUUUUUUUGUAGUAGUAGUAAGUCUCUCGAAACAGUUGUGAGUCUGUGCGCACUUACUUCCUGUUGACACCGAGGCUGCCUCGACCCGACAACAACAUACGAUGCGAGCGGGGAUAUAAAAGUGAAAUAACUGCCGUGGGACCGGAGGUAAACGGCCGAGCGGACCGCCGGUGCUCGCGUGUGUCUUCUACAUGAGUGUGUGGGGAACAUGUCACUGACUUCGGGCGGCUGGACUCACACCCCGGGCUGCACCCCCGAGCAGCUCGCCGCCCUGCCCAGCCACUAUGGGGCCUCGCAGGCGCAGCUCGGCUGCCACACCGUCCUCAUGUCGGUUCGGGUGUCGGUGUGCCAUUCCGGUAUUCGGCCGCUGUGUCUUCCGGGAGCGGGCGAUGAGUCACUCCGCCUGCAGCUCAGCAUGGACCCGGGGAAAUCCGGGGAAUUCCGGCUGUCGCUCCACGACGGCGGCGGGACGGGCCGGAGUGUGAACAUCGCGGAGUUCGAUCUGAGGACCGUGAACUAUGAGGUGAAGUCUCCAAAGUGCCACGAGCUGAGUCUGGUGGCGCCUCCGCAUGACCGCAUCAGCUUCAACUUUCGCUGCGAGCAGGAGGCCCAGGAGUGGGCAACCGUGGUCAUGUCGUCAUUAAGCGAAGCACACAGAGCUGCCCCUCCAGACGCUGACAGACAGCAGGCGCCCGAUGGACUCCAUCUCCAGAACACCAUGGCUCUGCAGCGAACAGAGGAAACGUGCAUCGAGCUGACCCGGGCCAUCGAGGCCGGCGACAUGCAGUCUGCUUCAGUCUUUGCUGCCACUCUAGCCCGUCAGCACGCAGCACUGAAGAUCCAGCCCUCCGUCAAAGACUAUGAAGACACUGAAAUUAACUUGACUGUUGUGGUGGAGGAUUUUUCCACAUCCUGUUGUGUCACUGUGAAAGUUUUCCCACACAUGACUACUGCGUCCUUAAAAGAGCAGAUGUUUCUAGAGUAUGGCUUCCACCCCCGGGUGCAGCGCUGGGUGAUUGGCCAGUGCUUGUGCACCGACCAGCGCUCCCUCGCCUCCUAUGGCGUGCGCCAGGACGGCGACACGGCCUUCCUUUACCUCUUGUCGGCCCGGCACGCUCGCUUGACGCGCCAAGCCCUCCAGCACGAUGAAGAAAGAGCCCUCCUCCUCAGCCCUCCGGCUCUGCCUUCUCCAAACCCUUCAGUUUCUGUUCCUUCUCUGAACGGCCCUGCUUCUCAGGACCAGCGGCCUUACACCACACUUCCCUCCAGACUCCACACCAGCAGCAACUCUGUUGCUUCAGGUGGGCCGGAGAGACAAAACGCAUUUGAGAUCAGGGAUCUCAUCAACCUGGAGAUGCCUCAACUCAGUGAAGCACUCAGCGCCAAGCCAGCCUCGCCUCAGGGUUGGCCAUGUCCUUCUUGCACAUUCAUUAACAAACCGACUCGGCCGGGCUGCGAGAUCUGCAGCACCAACCGCCCCGACAGCUACGUUAUCCCCGGAGGAUACCGACCUGACGCACUGGAGCUCAGACGAAUCCAGCAGGAGAAGGAGGCCAUGAGACAGUAUCAGCAGGUGAGGGAAAACGAGCGGCGGGAGAACUUUGCCCGUCUGGUGAUGAUGGACGGGCAGGACCUGGUGCCGAACCCCGAGCCCGUGGACUGCAGGAUCUGCUAUGUGGACCUGCAGCCAGGAGAGGGUGUGCUACUGAGGGAGUGUCUCCACUGUUUCUGCAAAGAGUGUUUACGCUCGGUGAUCAUGCUGAGCGAGGAGCCAGAGGUGUCCUGUCCCUACAGAGAUGACACGUACUCGUGUGCCCGCUCCCUGCAGGAGAGGGAGAUCAGAGCUCUGGUGCCGGCAGAGGAGUACGAGCGCUGGCUGCAGAGAGGCCUCUCUGUGGCAGAGUCCCGGUGUGAGGGCAGCUAUCACUGCGCAACUCCAGACUGUCUGGGCUGGUGUGUGUAUGAGGACACCGUUAACGUCUUCCACUGCCCUGUCUGUAGGAAACACAACUGCCUCAUCUGCAAGUCUAUCCACGAGGGAAUGAACUGUAAACAAUACCAAGAUGAUCUUGCAGCUCGUGCUAUAAAUGACUCUGCAGCCAGGAGGACCACACAUCUAUUGAAGACUCUUGUGCAGUCGGGGGAGGCCAUGCAUUGUCCGCAGUGUGGCAUCAUCGUGCAGAAGAGGGACGGAUGUGACUGGCUGCGCUGCACCGUCUGUCACACUGAAAUCUGCUGGGUGACCAGAGGGCCCCGCUGGGGGCCGGGGGGACCCGGAGACACGAGCGGAGGAUGCCGCUGCAACGUCAACAAACAGAAGUGUCACCCUAAAUGUCAGAACUGCCACUAAAUGUAAGGAGUGAGCACACUGUUCAUCAGGGUAAAAACUUAAAAAAAAAAAAAAAAAAAAAAACAAAGAAACAAAAACUACCCUUAAUUAACAGGCACAAGAUGAUUAAAAGCUAAUAAUCAAGGUGUGUUUUGGACACAU